AUGGUCCGUUAUUCACGAACUGUUGAAAACCCAGCAAAAUCAUGCAAAACGCGUGGCGCUUAUUUACGUGUUCACUUCAAAAACACACGUGAAACAGCCAACAACUUGAGACGUAUGACUUUACGACGUGCAACUCGUUAUUUGAAGAAUGUUGUAAACAAAAAGGAAAUUGUUCCAUUCAAACGUUACAAUGGUGGUGUCAGCCGCAAGGCUCAAGCCAAAGUCUUCAAAGUCAGUCAAGGUCGUUGGCCAAAGAAAUCGGCCGAGAUUCUUUUAUCACUAUUAAAAAAUGCUGAAUCGAACGCUGAUGUUAAAGGUCUUGAUGUUGAUCAUCUUGUCAUCGAUCAUAUUCAAGUGAAUCGCGCACCUAAGAUCCGCCGUCGAACAUACCGUGCCCAUGGUCGUAUUAAUCCUUAUCAAUCAUCGCCAUGCCACAUCGAAAUCAUCUUGAGCGAAAAAGAAAAUGUCUUAACACGUAACGGUGGUGCAGUUGAAGAUGAACCAGCAGCNUGA